AUGGGUGAUGAGAAAAACUUAUCGCAGUAUGAAUAUAAUAAAGUGCCCGACACGGAAAAGUUACCUGAAAAAGUAGAUAGUCCACCCAAAUUCGGAUACGGCGUUAGACAUAUUCAGCUAGUCAUUUUUUUUCUAUGUCUUACUGUAUGUAUAAUUGGAAGAGGACACUUGGGAGUGACGAUCGUUGCUAUGACACAUAACCCUGAACUUAGCAUAACCACAGAUAAUACCUCUAUAUAUUUAAAAAAAAAUAACGACACAAAUCUUACAAAUCACUCGAAUACUGGUGAAACAGAAAAGGCAUUCGAAGAUUUCAAAACAUCAAACGGAAGCCAUGAAAUUGCAAUGAGCAAUAGUAAUCCAGAGCAUAAAACAUGGAUCUGGCCGAAAUCAAUUCAAGAAAUGGUAUUGAACUCUUUCUUUCUUGGGUAUAUGAUCAUGAUGUUCCCAAUGGGUAUGGUAUGCCAGCGCUAUGGAGGUAAACUUCCUCUUCAGAUUGGUCUCUUCGUCACCGGAAUCGCUUCUAUUAUUACGCCUUGGUUAGCUAUAUGGGGAGAUUGGAAAGCUGUAUGUGGCUGUCGUAUUGUGCAGGGUUUGGCUCAAGCUGGCACGUAUCCUAGUAUUCAAAGUCUACUUGCCAAAUGGGUACCAGAAGAUGAGCGUGCUAGCCUUGGAUCUUGUGUUCAUACAGGACUUACUUUAGGCACCGUAAUAGCCUUUCAACUAGCAGGUUUUCUAGGGGCUAGUAAGUGGGGUUGGCCAUCUACAUACUACGUAGUCGGAGUGAUCUGCAUGUUAUGCUUCAUUGUACUUACCGUAUUUGGAGCAGCCAAUCCACUAGAACAUAAGUCUAUUAGUCAAGAAGAAAAGAAUUACAUUAUGAGAGCAGCUAAUAAAGGCAACGGCAAGAAACUUGCAACACCUUGGCGAGCAAUUUUCACAUCAAAACCCUUGUGGGGUACAAUAAUUACACACGUCGGCACAAGCCUGACCUUCAUAUUUUUCUUUAACCAAGUGCCUACAUAUAUUCAUUAUAUCCUCGACAUUGAUGUUAGAAAUAGUGGCAUGUUGUCAUCAUUGCCAUACGUCGCGAGCAUCUUCACAAGCCUGUUCUUUGGUUGGCUAGCUGAUUACAGUGCCAAUAAUAAUAUUAUUAGUAAAAACAAUACGAGAAGAAUAUCCGAUUCAGUUGCAAGUUUCGGUAUGGCUAUUUGUCUGAUCUUGACGUCAUAUACAAGCAAUUCUGUCAUCGCGGUGUCAUGCCUUGUAGUGGCUAUGGCCAUUAACAUGGGCCAUAACACUGGAUGGAUGGUAAACUACAUCGACUUAGCUCCAAAUUUUGCCGGUACUCUUUUAGCAGUAGGCAACACAAUAGCGAAUAUUUUUGGUGUUUUAUCGCCGAUCGUCGUCUCAUAUGUAGUCAUUGAUAUGACAAAUAUUACACAAUGGCGUAUAAUGUUUUUUAUUGCUUCCGGAAUAUCCAUUGUCACCAAUGUUAUCUUCGUUCUAAUGAUGUCUACAGACGUGCAGCCUUUCAACUAUGCUUCUACAGAUGAAACCUGCGUUGAAGACAUGCAAGGAGAAUUCAAAGAAAAAAAGAAGGCUUUUGACGUAUUAUGA